AUGCCUGGUUUCGAUGAUAGCGAUUUGGCUACUCAAGCCCAGCCUGCCACCAAUGGAACAACCGAAUCUCAAAAAGAUCACUCUGGUUCAAAUGGUACUCCAGGGUUCAACCACAACUUGGUCGUCCCAGGUGAUGAUGACUCUGGACCAAUUGAAGUUCCGGCUUCGAGAUCUUCCGUCGCAGAAACUCAAGGACUCAUGCAUUCAUUGAGUCUCGAAAACAGAACCAAUGGACGUAGAGGUUCGAGAAACAGCUUUGGUGCUGCUCUUCCAAUUCCUCGUUCCAAGCGUCAAUCUCGUCUUUCUUCCGUCGUCACUCAGGACAGACCUUCAAGACCUGGAAUGCCAUCCAUUCAACCAACACGUGAGAUUCUCUCCUCGCAGGUUCAGGAUAUGUCAAAGAUCAAGACCGAGGCUGCAAAGAAUAUGGCAUUCGCUUUUGAUAUUGAUGGUGUUCUCGUUCAUGGUGAUCGUUUGAUCCCAGAAGGAAAGAGAGCAUUGGAGAUUUUGAACGGUGAUAAUGAACUCGGUAUCAAGAUUCCACACAUCUUCUUGACCAACGGUUCUGGAAAGGUUGAACCUACUCGUUGUGCUCAGCUCUCCAAGAUUCUUGGAAACCCUGUUGCCACUGAGCAAUUCAUUCAAUCUCACACUCCUAUGUCCGCUUUGGCCGAAUACUACGAUACCGUCUUGGUUGUCGGUGGUGAAAACUACCAAUGCAGAGAGGUCGCAAAGUUGUACGGAUUCAAGGACAUCGUCGUACCAAACGAUAUUGUCGCUUCCAUCCCUACCAUUUCCCCACUAAAAGAGUUCUUUACCGCCGAGCAACGUGCUACCUCCACCCCAAGAGACUUCAGCAAGGUCAAGAUCGAUGCGAUCCUCGUCUUCUCCGAUUCUCGUGAUUACGCCACCGAUCUCCAAAUCAUCAUGGAUCUUCUCCAAUCCGAAGAUGGUGUUCUCGGUACUCGUGCCAAGGACCCCGUUUCCCAACGUAUCCCCAUCUACUUCUCUCAAGGAGAUCUCUUGUGCCCAAGCGAGCACCCAACUCCUCGUAUGUCUCAAGGAACCUUCCGUAUCGCUCUCGAAGCCAUCUAUAAAUCCAUCACCGGCGUCGAACUCGAGCGUGUCGUCUACGGUAAACCCGAAUUAGCCACCUACAAAUACGCCGAUGAAGUCAUGGCCUCCUGGAUGGAAACCAUCCACGGCGAAGAAAAGCUCCCUGAAAACAUCUACAUGAUCGGUGAUAACCCCGCAUCCGACAUCAUCGGUGGAAACAACUACGGCUGGAACACCUGUUUAGUCCGCACCGGUGUCUUCCAAGGCGGAGAAAACGACGAGGAAAACCCAGCAAACUUCGGUGUCUUCCCCAAUGUUUUGGAAGCCGUACAAGCUGCCUUGAGAAAACAACUCGGUGAUGAUUUCAGAAUGAACUGGAGUGAUUCCAUGAACCCUGUCGUGGGUGAUUCUUCCGCUAGCGCUAUUGAGUAG